CCACGACAAGGGGCUCAUGCUCUCGCUCCGCGACAAGCUCGUUGCCCUCGGUCUGCGCGUCUUUCUCGACGUCAAGUCGCUCGACGCCAUGAUUGUCCAAGAUCCCGCAGACUGCGCCCGGCUUGCCCGUGACUCACACGUUGUGGUCGUCGUUGUCUCAAAGUACUCGAUCGUCACACGAUGGGCCAUCGCAGAGGCCGACGCAGCCCUCGCUGAUCCGACGUGCAAGGUCUUUCCGGUUUUUGCCGACGCUGAGCUCUCGCUCGAGACCGUCUCGUCGCCGGCAUGGCGUGACGGCCCGCGGGAUGCCAGCCACCCUCUACUGGCGUACAUGGCGGCGGCUUUCCCGCCGCAGAUCCCGAACAACCGUCGAUUCACGGAUCUCUGGGAACACGAUGAACUCACGCCCGAGCUCAAAGUCGCCCGCAUCGGCACUCUCUACGCCCUCCUCGAGCGCGGCCUCGCUCCGUACUCCCCGGCUCGCGACAGCGUGGUUGACAUGGUCGACGAUCUUGCCGACCGCAUCCAGGCCAUUGUUCCCACCGGAGCGAAUCAUGCCGCCGUUGCCGUUGCUCUCUCCUGGCCGUGGAUGAAUGCCCGCGCAAACGACUCGCUUGGUGGCCUCCUCAACGAUCUGCGUUGUGUUGUGCGCCUCGGCCGUGAAGGAGCCAAAGACGUUGACCAGGUCGAGCAUGCGCUGUCGCUCUCACGCGAGAUCAUUGAGAGCGGUACGUCACACAUCGAAACCGAGCUCGUUGCCCGACUUGCCUAUGACAACGCGUCCAACGCCGUGAAGGACCUGGUUGCUGCUGUGAGCAAAGAUGCCCCGUCUGGGGCUCUCAUUCCAUUGAGAGUCGUGGACCCUGUCGCGCAUCGUGGUGCUGAGCGCUUUCGCUUUGAUGGCUUGUCCGGCAAUGUCAUCAACAUCGGUGGCUCGCUGGUUGCUGCUGGAUGUGGGAAGAAUGUGGACGUACUUGACGUGCAAACUGGUGAACGCGUGGAGGUGCUGGAGGGCCACACCAGCGAUGUGCGGGGUGUGAUUGCGCUGCCGAGUGCGGAUGGCCAGCUGCCUGUCCUGGUCUCGUGGUCGCGGGACAGGACGAUCCGGGUGUGGCAUGCUGCGGACGACGGGAUGGGCGCCAUGCGAUACACCGCGGACAGUGCCUCCUGUGAGGUACUGGAGGGCCACACCAAGUAUGUGCGGGGUGUGAUUGCGCUGCCGAGUGCGCAUGGCCAGCUGCCUGUCCUGGUCUCGUGGUCGUGGGAAGACACGAUCCGGGUGUGGCAUGCUGCCGACAACGGGACGGGCGCCAUGCGUGCGGAUGGCCAGCUGCCGGUCCUGGUCUCGUGGUCGAGAGACAACACGAUCCGGGUGUGGCAUGCUGCGUACGACGGGACGGGCGCCAUGCGGUACACCGCGGACAGUGCCUCCUGUGAGGUGCUGGAGAGCCACACCGACGAUGUGGAGGGUGUGAUUGCGCUGCCGAGUGCGGAUGGCCAGCUGCCUGUCCUGGUCUCGUGGUCGUGGGACAGUACGAUCCGGGUGUGGCAUGCUGCGGACGACGGGACGGGCGCCAUGCGGUACACCGCGGACAGGGACUCCUGUGAGGUGCUGGAGGGCCACACCAGCGGUGUGGAGGGUGUGAUUGCGCUGCCGAGUACAGAUGGCCAGCUGCCGGUCCUGGUCUCGUGGUCGCGGGACAGGACGAUCCGGGUGUGGCAUGCUGCGGACGACGGGAUGGGCGCCAUGCGGUACACCGCGGACAGUGCCUCCUGUGAGGUGCUGGAGGGCCACACCGACGAUGUGCAUGGUGUGAUUGCGCUGCCGAGUGCGGAUGGCCAGCUGCCUGUCCUGGUCUCGUGGUCGUGGGAAGACACGAUCCGGGUGUGGCAUGCUGCGGACGACGAGAUGGUGUGCGGGGUGUGA